GUCCGCCGUGUGUCUCCUCCAAGUUGUCCUUCUUUCGUUUCUCCUGGUCUCGGCCGGUCUGGAUAAGGCGUCACACGAUGAGUUUAUUGUCAUGAAUUUAAGUAUGCAGUCCCGUGUGCUGUUGUUGUGCUAACGUAUUAAAAAUGUAUUUUUUUGUAGAAGUGGUAUUCAGAGUCAGAAAAUUUAUUGUGCUAAUUGGGGUAAGUUACCUAUUUAACAAAUCAUUGUAAUUCGUUUUACCAUAAGAAAAUUUUGCCAUUUAAGCCAAAUGCGAUUCAUUUCAGUAUUCAAUUAUUUUUUAAUUAUUUUAAAUAAAACUCAAAGUAAUGAUUUACAGUUUUUUCCACAGUUGUUCUUUGUAUAUAACCAAACUUCAAUUAGAGAGAAGAAUCCAGUGGGAAUCAUUCGAAAGUGACAUCUGGAACAGGGCCGAUAACUAAAUAUCUUAAGAGUUCUAUAUUCGUCGGUAGUUGACUAAUACCUUAAAUUCAGGCUUUCCCUGCAUGUUAGCUCUUUAUUACAAUCGAUAGUAAUAAGUACAAUCGAUAGUAGAGUCGAUGAAUAUGCGGAUCGAGGAAAGGCAGAACAUUUAACGUACUAGUAAAUAGUACAUUUAAGAGAAAAGGAAAAGGUUGCACAGUAUAAUUUGAGAGUGGAAAAAAGACAGUUUUUCCAGUAAAUAUAAAAGUGGUAGUGACAGAUGCCAAUAAAAUACUCCCAGGAGAGAAGUAUGAAAAAUCGUAAUCAGUGCAUACACAUGUGUGAAAUACACACUAAAUGGGCUGAACUCCUAAAAUACACCGGUAAAAUUAGUUUCUUUAAUAAGUGGAUACGACUUAUUGUUUUUUUAAUCCUAGAAGAUUACAGCCCAACACGGUUGAAUAUUAUAAACUUAAUAGACAGAGUAUAUAUAUUGCUCUGUUCGAUUAAAAUGAACACAUAUUUCAUAUCAUUUAUUACAAUAAUUAUUUUCGCCAACGGUAUAAAUGGAACUUCUGUGGAUACAAGUAAUAAAUUAUUGCUGCAGAAAGCGAAUGACUUCAACUUAUCACAAAACUUAUCAAGUUCACGGACACGGCGAACCAUUGCGAAUUCUUUUCGUAUAGUUGGAAUUCGUUUGGAGGACGAAACAGUAGAAACUAAAAACGGAAUACCAACUGUGUUAGUAGACAAGGAACAACAAUUUCGAGUGUUUGGUAGCGGAUUAGAAGAAAAUACAGCUAUUACGUUUACAAAUGAAAAAAACGAUUAUGGCGGUCCAUGUCUAAAGCCAGCUACUGAUCUGUUUACACCGAUAGAAGUAUCAAGCAACGGAUUUUCAGCACUUUACUCAGUAAAGUUUCCAUCAUUUAUAAAUGAAUUUUUUAUUUGUGCCAAAACAGCUGAGAAAACGACAAAUCACAGCAAAGCUGCAACGACGACGCCUCUGGAACAUCAAGGAAACUCAGAUUUUUUAAAAAUAAAAACAUUCGAACCGUUAAUACCUGUAUGGCUGGCCAUAAUCAUCAUCGUAACAUGUUUGGGCUUUUCGGCUUUGUUUUCAGGCCUUAACUUGGGUUUAAUGUCAAUGGACCGCACAGAAUUAAAGAUCUUGCGGAACACUGGUACGGAAAAAGAAAAAAAAUAUGCGUCAAAGAUUGCACCUGUCCGUGAUCAAGGUAAUUAUCUUUUGUGCAGUAUCCUCUUGGGUAAUGUGUUGGUAAACUCAACUUUUACCAUUCUGCUGGAUGGUUUAACUUCUGGACUCUUUGCUGUUAUAUUUUCCACAUUGGCCAUCGUACUUUUCGGUGAAAUAACUCCACAGGCAGUGUGUUCAAGACAUGGAUUGGCGAUUGGAGCCAAAACCAUUUUAGUAACAAAAACAGUAAUGGCUAUAACAGCACCAUUAUCUUAUCCAGUUUCGCGUAUUCUUGAUAAAUUGUUAGGCGAAGAAAUUGGUAAUGUUUACAAUCGAGAACGUUUAAAAGAACUUGUUCGUGUUACAAACGAUGUAAAUGAUCUUGAUAAAAAUGAAGUAAACAUAAUAUCCGGAGCUCUAGAAUUGCGUAAGAAAACUGUUGCGGACGUCAUGACGCACAUAAAUGAUGCCUUUAUGCUUUCAUUGGAUGCCCUACUUGAUUUUGAAACUGUGUCGGAAAUUAUGAAUUCUGGUUAUUCUCGUAUUCCAGUGUACGAUGGUGAUAGAAAGAAUAUUGUGACUUUACUUUAUAUUAAAGAUUUGGCAUUUGUUGAUACUGAUGAUAACACGCCUUUAAAAACGCUUUGCGAAUUUUACCAAAAUCCUGUUCAUUUCGUAUUUGAAGAUUAUACCUUGGAUAUUAUGUUUAAUCAAUUUAAAGAAGGAACAAUUGGUCACAUUGCUUUUGUGCACCGCGUGAAUAAUGAAGGAGAUGGUGAUCCUUUUUAUGAAACGGUCGGGUUAGUUACUCUGGAAGAUGUAAUUGAAGAACUAAUUCAAGCUGAAAUUGUUGAUGAAACCGAUGUUUUUGUUGACAACCGCACAAAAACGAGAAGAAACAGAUACAAAAAAGCUGAUUUUUCAGCAUUUGCUGAACGUCGUGAAGUGCAAACUGUUCGGAUAUCCCCUCAAUUAACACUGGCUACUUUCCAGUACCUUAGCACUGCUGUCGAUGCAUUUAAAAAAGAUGUUAUUUCUGAACUCAUUUUACGGAGGUUACUCAAUCAAGACGUGUUUCACAACAUAAAAACAAAAGGAAAGAGUAAAGAUGAUCCAAGUCUUUAUAUUUUCACUCAAGGAAAAGCUGUCGACUUUUUUGUACUUAUUUUGGAGGGUCGUGUAGAAGUCACAAUUGGCAAGGAAGCGCUUAUGUUUGAAAGCGGGCCCUUUACUUAUUUUGGAACCCAGGCGCUGGUCCCCAAUGUAGUUAUCGACUCUCCCACACAAAUGGGUUCUUUGCAGUCCCUAAAUAUGGACUCAAAAAUACGACAAUCCUUUGUACCUGAUUACUCAGUUCGUGCUAUAUCGGAUGUGAUUUAUAUUACAAUUAAAAGGGUCCUGUACCUUACUGCAAAAAAAGCUACAUUGUUGGAAAAAAGUCGAAAAUCUGGAACAUUUUCCAGUGAAACAUUUGAUGACGAAGUGGAACGUUUAUUACACUCUAUAACAGAAAACGAAAAACCUUCUUGCUUUGCACAAAAUCAAAGUACUAGACGUCUAUCUAACCGAAGUAUAAAUUCUUCCCCAACAAAUAUGAAUAGGUCUCCCGAUUUUGUGUAUAACAGUGUCGACGAAGCCAUCCAAGACGACACAAAAUUAAAAAACAUAAAACAUGCGGACAAUGUCACAACAAGUAUAAGUUUAGUUGCUGCUGAGUUGGAGGACCUUCACAGUGGAGAACAAGAUACGACAGCUGCUUCCAUGCCCCUUUUGCCAAAGCUAGAUGACAAAUUCGAGAGCAAGCAAAGUAAGCCCUAAACACAAAAUGCAGGCCACAUUUAUAUAUAUGCAGUUAAUAAAAUAAUAAAACAUAAUUUGAUGUAUAAAAAAGCUAAAACAAUUAAUUACGUUAAACUAAUAUUUGGACAUUUAACAAUUUUUAUACUAUACCAUAGGUUUUCCCAUAUUAAUUAUAUUCCUAAACAUCUUAAACAUAAAAAAAAAUAGCUUUUCCAAAACUGUGUAUGAAUUUAUAUAUAUAUAUAAAUGUAUGAAUUUAUAUAUAUAUAUAUAUAUAUAUAUAUAUAUAUAUAUAUGGAUAUGGAUGAAUUUAUAUAUAUCUUUAAAGUUGCCUCGUAAACACGUACUUAAAUUAUUUCUUUCCUUUAGUUAAUCUUCCUUAGAAAUGGUUUUAGAAGGGCUAAACUCGAUGUUAAAAAAAUAAACUGCCUGUUUAACUGUAUUCCUUAUUAAACUUAAAUGUGUUUGUGAACACAGCCAAUCUGGUGUAUAUUAUUUUCAUGUCGUGAAUUAAAUAAA